AGGGUAUACUGUAUAUGUGGGCUUGGGUUCCCUGUUGAGUCUUUUAGGACUGGUAUAGAGGUUGGUAUUAUAGAUGUUAAAGAUAUAAGUUUGCAGCAGAGAAGAUCUGCAUGUUCUUCACUCCUAUGGACCUUCACAGACGCAGAGUUCAGAGCUAACUGUUUAUAGGCAGUUUAUAACACUCAGCCCUGCCAAAGGAAAAAAUGAGAGCAGUCAUCGUUUUGCUGUUUUGGAUCUUUACUGGGGCUGCAAAGACUUUAGUGCUUCAGCCAAGUGUAAAUAUUUCGCUUCUUCAAAACGGGUCUGUGGAGGUAAAACCAUGGCCUGGUGCGGGUCUCGACUGGAGCCGAGAAAAAGAACAGAAACUGGUGGCAGAAAGGCCUGAAACUCAUGUAAAUGUGGUGAUAACAGAAAAGGAAGAGGAGACUGAAACUCUACACAGUAAAGACAAGUCAGGAACUUCAGAGGAGCAAAGCAAUCAAGACACAGUGAGCCAUGAGGAGGUUCUACAUGACAACAGAACAAAGACAGCAGAAGAAGAACAUGGUCAGAGAUCCAUGCAUGCUUUUGAUGACCCUGAGGAAUUUACAAAUGGGAGCAAGGUGCAUCCUCAAGCUGAGAAGGAGAAUGGACAUCCAUCUGAAACGUCACCAACUCCAAAAGUCCAUCUGUUCCCCUCUCAAGAUGCCAAUUCCACUGUACAACCAAUAAUACUGCCUACUCUGAUGACGAGUCCCCCAGCUAUAAAACAGAUUAUCAGUGAAAUAAAGACAGAAACUACAUCACUCCCACUCACUCAGGCUACUCACGUCCUUCUAACAAAUGUAUCCAAACUUUUGACCAAUUGGACUCUCACAAAUGCAAAUACAGAGCUGGAACUAGAGCUCAGUCCCACUGCAAUGGCAGCAAAGGCUGGUCCCACUGCCAUGAGCCUCCCCAACAUCUCCAGACCCAAACCACAGCCUGACACUCCGAAAUCCAACGCAAAAAACAACCGUGUGGCUAAAACCAAGCAGAACAAGCUGCUCAAGAAAGACAAAUCAGCGGAGAAGAAAAAGAAACCGCAGAAAAAAGGCCUAGAAAAGGUGAAGAAAACAAAACCUAAGAAGGACGAGGUGACCACCGCUCCAUAUUUCCCUUAUUUUAAAGACCACUACUGUCCUCCACACUGUGCCUGCUAUGGAAGGGUGGUGCAGUGUUCAGACAAAGCGUUGGACACAUUUCCUUAUGGCAUCCCAUACAAUUCUCGCUACAUCCUCCUAAUGAACAACAACAUCACAAACAUUCCCCUGGACCUUCUCUCUGAGUACCUCUCCUUAGAGUUCUUAGUGCUCAGCAACAACCGCCUCAUGGAUAACUCCAUCGAGGGAGCUUUUGAGGGCGUUCAGGCUCUGAAGAGGCUCUACUUAGAGCGGAACUUGAUCCAGAGCGUUCCUACAGACCUUCCUGACAGCCUAGAGGAGCUCCGUCUAGACGGGAAUAAAGUGAAGGUGAUGUCUGAGAUGACGUGGAGCUGCUGUCCGGGUCUUCUGAUCCUCAGCCUGAGUAACAACAGUCUGGGAAGUGGCUCGUCCACCAUUUCUGCUGGAGUUCUGUCUCCACUGGUUAACCUGAAGACCCUUAGUCUGUCGUACAACCAGCUGACCUCUGUUCCUUUGAAUCUCCCAAUCAGCUUGCAGGAGCUUUACCUUCGCGGCAACCUAAUCCAGCGUUUUAAGGGUGGAUCUUUUCUAGGAAGGGCAGCUCUCCAGGUUUUGGACCUCAGUGCCAACAGGUUGACCAAUAAAGGCCUCGGAAAAGCAGCGUUCGUCAACGCCACCCGCUUGGAGAGUCUCAAUCUGGAAGGGAACUUCCUCAAGCAUGUUCCUCGCCACCUCCCACGCUCCCUAAAGACCCUCAACCUGGAAGGGAACGCCGUCUCCAGUAUCAGUAAGAAUGUGUUCCUCUCCUUGCCUCACCUGGAGCACCUGGGCUUGGCUCGCAACAAAAUCUCCAUUGUGGCACCUGGAGCGUUUCUGAUGCUUCCGCUGCUUCACCAGCUGGAUCUGAGUCACAACUCUCUGCGGCAGGUCCCGCGGCAGCUUCCCACCUGGCUCUUCUCCGUAGCGCUCACCUAUAACAAGAUCCAGACCGUCCCCCGUGAUGCUUUCUGCUGGGCAAGACAUGGCAAGACAUCCAAGAGCCGGCUGGUGAGGGUGCAGCUGGAGAACAACCUGGUGGACAUGGGGAGUCUGGAUAGCCUCGCGUUCAGCUGCCUGAGAGGAUUCCAGGUGGUGCAUUUCUACUGAAGCCUCCGGUUUUAGCAUUUUUUAAAGCCAGCAUCUGGCCAUAGGGGGGUUUAUACAUGCCUGUCUUGCUUUUUUCGGGAUGUGAACUGACUGAAAUGCAGUGGAUCCCUUUCAGUUACUGUCCUGAAGUGCACAUUUUAGUAUUUCCCCAUUGGAACACACCUGAGCUAAUGAAUCAAUCGAUUAAAAAAGCAUAUUAACUUAUACAGAACCAAUCAAACGUUUGGACACACCUUCCUAUUUAAUGCUUUUAAUAUUAUAAUAUUCUAUCCUUUUCCCUACAUAGUAAAUGAAUAGUGAAGUGAUCCAGAACCACUAUAAUAAGGAAUUAGAACAAAAGGAAUCAUGUAGUAAAUUAAAAGUGUUAAACAAACCAAAUUACUCUGUGUUUUCUGAGGCUUUUAACUCUGUUUAACUGAUCCUGUGCAACAGAGGAAACUCUUGCUUUUUCUUUCUCAGGGUGAUCCUGAUGAGGGCCAGUUUCAUCCUCAUAAUGUUUUUUUUUUUAUGGUCUUUGUGAUGACUGCACUUUAGGAUACUCUUAAAAUUCUACUUUUUAAAUUCUUCUCCUUGCCAUAACCUGGAUUCGAACAUUACUCAAAUAUUCACUAUUCACUGUAUACCUGUAACUCUACCUCUUCACUACUUUACUUUAACUGAUGCUCUCAAACUUUAACAUUAGGAGGCAAAAAAUUCAAGUAAUUAACUCUUGAUGAGUUCAGCACAGCUGUUAACUGAAAGCCUGAAUUUCAGGUGACUCUACCUCAUGAAACAGACUGUGCAAAUCUGUCAUCUAAGCAAGACGUGCUACUUUAAAAUGAACAUUAAGUUAUAUGAUGUAAAUAUAGUGCACAUACUUCUUUUAAAACUGGGUCUUUCUUUCAGAAAACCUUCUAAGAACCACCUCCAUGCCUUUUCUGCCAGGAUAUAAAAGUAGUGCAUGAAUGUAAUGAUGGUUUUCAGCCUCCAUAGUUCUGUAUCUUCUGCAUGUUGAAGCUACAGGACACUGUGAGUUCACAUACCUGAAAACAUCCUGUUAAACAUACAGUAAAACAUUUAGCAUGUAGAAUAGAGUUUAACACAUAACACACACCACCAAAUAUGUGCCACUUGUGUGAGAACACUUGGGUACGAGCUCCUCAUUCUUAUCAGUGCAUUCCUUCCACACAUUCUCAGCAUCAGUAAUGCAAAUAAAUGCCCACUUUUCUAUCAAAUA